GUUUCACAUAGAUUAGUCUUGAAGACUUAUCUCAAGACAGAAAGAGCGAUGCAAAAUUACGCGAGGGUGAAAACAGCUUAUUGACAAGUGCCAGAUGUUUCUCUAAAUCUAAAUCAAUCAGCACUUGCUGGCACUUACCUAUAUAGUUCUAGAUGACUGCUUGUUCAUUAAAGGCUGCAAAUGCAACAGAAAACGUGAACAUAGUGUUUAUUUGUGUUUGAGAUUUUGUCUGACUAGGAGGUGUUAUAAUAUCCACAUGUUAUAAUCUCAACAUUGCAAAUGGAUGAGGUACUUGUCUUUGCAGAAAUUCAUCGUAAUUUAGCUAAGGACAGUGUUGGGCUUGGAGGGAGAUCAAAGGAGACAAUUAAUAGAAAGUGGGACGAAUUAGCGAUAUGUCUGAAUACUCAUGGAUCUGGAGCUACAAAGAAUGGACAAUGCUGGAGAAGGAUUCAAAAUGUAAUAGAAGAUGUCAUUUCUCAAUAUGCAAUUGAAAGCGAAGAUGAAGAAAUGCAGACUCCUGAUUCUGGUGACAAUAUACACUGGGGUCCUGUUGACGGUUCAUCACUCAAACAUUUUGGUUUUGCUGAAGCUGAUAUUGGAAUAAAGCCUGAAUUUUAUGAAAAUUAUGACAAGGAGCCCUAUGAUUUUUUCAAAUUAUUUAUUACUGAUGAGAUAAUAGAAUAUAUGGUAUAUCAAACAAACCUCUAUGCUGAGCAAGUACUGAAGGAAAAACCGACGGCCAAAGGACAUGUGAAAAAAUGGGUUCCUACUACAAGCCAAGAAAUGGAAAAUUUUCUUGGAAUUAUAUUGUGGAUGAGACUUAUGAAACUUCCACGUCUAAAAGCUUAUUGGAGCACUAACAUUUUAUACAUAAACAAAGUAAAAGAACUCAUGGCCAUGAACAAUUAUUGA